AAUAAAUAUAAAAAAACGUGUUUUAUUCGAUUCGCAAAAAAUUCGAAUGGAAAAAAGAAACGAAGAAGAGUAUACUAUAUAGGAAUGACGCUUUUGAAAUAAUGAAUGAAAAAGAAAAAAGAAUAACGAGAAGGGAGUAAAUAAUGAAAAAAUGUUUACAAAAUGACACAAUGAGAAAAUUACUGUAACGGCUGGUUGUGGGCCAAUAAAAAAAAUGUUCAAAAAAACCUCAAAAAAAAAACUGCCAAUGGAUCUCUCUCUGCGCGUUCUCGUAUGCGCUUUUCUCUUCACCCGACCUUGUCCGAAUCCUCCGUAGUAGCUCGUCGCCGCGCGCACGACAGAAUUAUCUCUAUAUUUAGCAAAAGGGUACUAGUAAGUAACUUUACAUCGAACGCGAUGCGCGCCUGAUUACCUUUUUAAGUUCUUUCAUAAUUAAUUUGUUUUGCACAACAGCAGCGCAGGCACGUCAUCGAUAUGUCCGCGACUGCCUCGUUACCUUUCAUUCUCUCUCUCUCUCCUUUUUUUUUUUUUCAAUUUUCCCUACACCCAACAUUCGUCAGUUGCCUAUUUCCAUCAUGAGCAAUGACACGACGACGAACGUCUCGACGGCGAGCCUGCCUUACGUUAUCUCGGCGUUCAAGCUCACCCAGGAAGACAGCUCUUGGAUCGUCUCCAAUGCCUUUAUGAUAUUUACUAUGCAAACAGGAUUCGGAAUGUUGGAGUCCGGCUGCGUGUCGCUGAAGAACGAGGUCAACAUCAUGAUGAAGAACGUGGUGGACAUCGUCCUCGGCGGCUUCACCUACUGGAUAUUCGGCUUCGGCAUGAGCUUCGGCAAGUACGAGCCCAGCAAUCCCAUUAUCGGCAUGGGCAAUUACAUGGUCGACCCGAAGUUCAACGAUCCGCUGUUCGGGCCGAUCUGCGCGAGUUUUCUCUUUCAGCUGAGCUUCGCCACGACCUCGACGACGAUCGUCAGCGGCGCCAUGGCCGAACGAUGCAACUUCAAGGCCUACUGUCUGUUCUCGUUUCUCAACACGAUCGUCUACUGCAUGCCGGCCGGCUGGGUCUGGGGCGAUCACGGCUUCCUGCAGAGGAUGGGCGCCGUCGACAUAGCCGGCUCCGGGGUGGUCCACCUCGUCGGCGGAAUUUCCGCUCUAGCCUGCGCGAUGAUGCUCGGACCGAGACUCGGCAGAUACGACCACGGCAUCGAUCCCCUACCCCUCGGCAGUCCCGUCAACGCCCUGCUGGGCCUCUUCGUUCUCUGGUGGGGCUGGCUGGCCUUCAACAGCGGCAGCACCUACGGGGUGAGCGGUCAGCGCUGGAAGUACGCGGCGAGGGCCGCUGUAACCACGGUGCUGGCCAGCAUGGGCGGCGGCCUCGUCGGUCUCGGCUUCAGCCUCUGCAAUCCCAAGGGCGUCGACAUACUCAGCCAGAUCAACGGCAUACUCGGCGCCCUCGUCGCCGUCACAGGUGGUUGCUUUUUGUAUCGACACUGGGAGGCCGUACUUGUGGGAAUGAUCGGUGGCUUUCUCGCUUGCUUCACCAUGCCUCUGUUCGAUAAGGUCGGCAUCGACGAUCCCGUUGGCGCGUCCGCCACUCACGGCAUCAGCGGCUUUUGGGGCGUCCUGGCCAUUGGAAUAUUCGCGGAAAAUCCCUUACCACUCGACACGACCAAGGGUCGAAGCGGAGUGCUCAAGGGCGGUGGUUGGGAGCUUUUGGGAGUUCAAACGCUGAUGGCCGUCAUCCUGGCGGUCUGGAGCUUUCUCACGUCCGUGAUUCUUCUAUGGCUAAUCGACAAAAUCAUACCGAUAAGAAUGGAGCCGCACGAGGAGCUGCUCGGCGCCGAUCUCGUCGAGCAUCACAUUCGCCACGCCAAAAUUGGCGUGAGUCAGGCGAUAUCCGCCUUACAUACGAAAAAGGGCCUGGCCGACGUUCCGUCGAUCGGCACGAACCCAGGUCACGAAUCGUUUUUGAAAAAAAUGAUCCGCACCAAGCGCUUGAGCAACGGGCUCAAAUUUUUACGACAAUUGCCGCAAACGAUCAAAGAGGAGAAACUUCAGAAAGACAACGUCGAGGCCGCUAUUUCGACGGUCGACGAUCAUUCCUCGUCUAAGAUAGCGUGGACCAAUUGAUUAUUGGAGAAAAAAAGUACAGUAAUAGCAUGCCGCGCAAUUCGUUAAUCGAUAAUUCAGCUGCUAAUUUAAACAAAAUUCUUAAAAUUAUCCUAACACAAAUUAUUAUUAUUAUUCUAAAUUGAUAUGACGAAUACAAUCAUUUCAAAGUAAAUUAUUCUAGUGAUUAUCUAUGUGUAUUUACAAUUUUCGACAAUUCAAGCUAUACAAUGUUACAUUUUGUGUAAUAAAAUAUUUAAAGCAUUUUACAAUCGUUUAUCAUAAGACAUUUAUAAUCAGUUAUUUGUAAUUUUUAAUUAUGCAUUAUAUUUAUUAUAUAUUGCAAGAAAAUCACAUUUUCGACGGUUUUCAAUUUACUAUCCUGUAUGAAAAUUUCAUAGAGUCCAUCUACUUUGAUUUUACGUUUAUUGGUUCGGUUUUUUAAUCGAUUAUAAUAUUAUUGUAUUGUUCUAACAAGUUUCUAAAUUAUUAAUUAAACAUUACUUGCAAUUUUUUCUGUAAUUUUUUUGGGAACUGAUUUUUUAAUCAGCUAAUAAUUGUAGUUUUUGACGGAUUCUACUUUUAUAUUUAAAUUACAAUGCAUAAUUAAAAUAAAAUUCAAUAAUUGAUGAAAUUUUUAGUUAUAGUUUUGGGCAUUACAUAAGGAUUAUUGUAUAAUUACUACAAAAAUCGACUUGGAAACUUUGUUGCAAAGUUUUCACUUACAGUUGUUUGCUACUGAAGGAACUUGUCCGUGCAAUUUCUACUAACUGCUAAUACACGGACACACACACACUCACACAUACAGGAAAUUAAUGUUUUCUUUGCGCUUCAAACGACAAAUUUUGAAAGA